AUGAUGCCUGCUUAUGAAGCAACACUAGAUGACUGUAAGCACGUGUAUCUUCCUGACGAAGACACAUUUCUCUUGAUAGACACCCUAACAAAGCUCUCUGGGGAACUGCAUCCUCAAUCGUUUGUGGAAAUAGGUUCUGGAUCUGGUGUUGUCUCUGUGCACAUUCUACAGGUUUUCCCUGGGAUCCGUGAGGGUCACGCUGUCGAUAUUUCUCCUCAUGCCGUGGACAUGACUCGGCGAACAGCUUCUCUGAAUAAUGUACCUCUUUGUGUUCACGAGGGAUCUUUCUUCGAGCCGUUAGACGCUUACACAAACUCUUCCAAAGCCACACGAUUUGACCUAAUAGUUUUUAACCCACCGUAUGUGCCUUCUUCGGAGACAGAUCCCGCCCUUGGACCACUUGAUCUGGCCCUGGCUGGAGGCAAGAACGGCUCCGAGGUGAUGCUUAAGUUUUUCGAGCUUCUUCCCUCUUACUUGGCUCUUGAUGGUCAUUGUGUCACGGUAGCAAUAGAGGAAAAUGAUAUUGCAGCUCUCGAGCAAAAUGGAAAAAGCAAGGGGUUUAUAAUGAGAAUUCUCGCAGAAAAGCGCCUUCAAUCCGAACACUUAUAUAUCCUUUGCUUUUCCUGGGACAAAACCAUGCUCUGUUCCAAAAAACUACCAUAA